UUUUUGAUAUAUACAACUUGCGAAAUGUAAAUUUAGGGAACAAAGGGAAGUCGAAUAACGCUUUAAAUUUACAAAAAUAAAGAAUCACGACCUUAGUUAGCUAGAUAAGUAAUGAACUUUUCAACAGUCAAAUACUUUUCUUCAUAUGCUUUCAAAAAAAAAAAAAAAACUUUUCUUCAUAUAUUAUUAUACUAGCAAUUGAAUUUCCAUUAUUUCAAAUUGAAUAACAACUAAUUUUGUAACUAAAAAAACCUUUGACUCUUAGCAAACACCCUGUUGCUCCUUCGGUUUGAUGCAAGUAUAAAUGGGAGAUUUAGAUUGUGGUGAUUGCAACUGUAACGGCUGCGAUUGUGAUUGUAAUUGUGAUUGUUGCUGUAUAGAAGACUGCUGUUCGGGUGAAAACAAUGUGAUUCUAUGUUGUUGCUUGUUUCCAUCCUCUAAUGAUAAUGCAAGAAGAACAAAUAGAGGAGUAUCUACAUAUACAGAUACACAUACAGACUGCUCGCUAUGUUGUUGCUGUUGCACAUCCCCUUCUCCAAGAAGUAACGAAUCAAAGAAAAAACGAUCAAAGUGUUUUUGUUCACGCCUUUGGUCGUGGUGCAUUGGGAGUACUAGUAAGCCUUCUCCACCUUCUUCACCGCCUCGAGCUCAAUCAUCGUCGGAUAAUCUAUCUCCAGCUCCGGUGGAGAACACGGAACGUCGUACCGGAAAGCAAGCAAGCUGGGAAGGGCUCAAUAGUUCAAGUAAAGAUUACAAGAUGGAUGGAAAAUGGUCUAGGCCGGAACGAUAUGGAGACCAUUAUCAAAGGCAAUUCCAAUGAUAGUGUGUUGUUGUGUGUAUAUAUAUAAUCUUGUUACUCUUAUGGCAAGGUGUUUACUAUACUUUAUUUUAUUUAUUUGUUGGAGUAAUAAUUUGCAAAAAUAAAAAUAAUAAUAAUAGAUUUUCAUGUACCUCUUAAUUUUACUUUGUUUAUACAUGUAUUGAAAACAUUAAGUUCAAGGAAAUUAAUUAAUACCCUAGAGCACCACCUAUGGAUUUGGGUGCAUACAAUGACAUAAAUUGAAUGAGGCCGAAUGAUGGAGAUUUCAGAUCACCAGAAAAGUUAAAUCAUGCUUUUUUUUUUUUUCUUUUUUUUUUUUUAAUGUUAGUUAUGUUAUAUCAAACUAGCUAGUAUAGUGUUUAUAUAUGCGAUGGAAGACUUAUAAAUUAUUAAAUAUAUAAUCUAUAAUAUUAUUAAAUUUCAAAGUACAACAUGCUAUUGUCACGUGUCAUGCUUCCCCGACUUGGUACCAUAUGCAUUUUGACAU